UGGAAUAUUAAGAUGUUGAGACGACUCUCUUCAGCUCCGCUACGACCAUCUUCUUUCUUCUCUCUGUAAAACCCUAACUUAAUUCAAUCCAUUCUUCUCUCGUUCUCUCUCUAAAAUUUUCCCCUUUCUCUCUCUAUCAACAAAAUUGAAACUUUCCUUAUCGAUCUUUCAAUUUGUUCAACUCAACAUUUGAUUCCCUUAUCGAUCUUUUCAAUUCAAGAUUGGGGAAAAUUAGGCAUUUUUUUAAUUCAAAAUUAGGGUUUUUCUUCGAUUUUCGAGGGGCAAGGCUGGCGAUUGGUGCUGAAAUCGGGUGAUGGCGGAUCCGCCAUAUGUCCGCCCACAAAAAAAUAAAGUUUUUGUGGAAUUUUUGUGGUUAGAAUUUGUUAGUUGUGUUUGUGGAGUAGUGUGGGAAGCAGUUCGAGAAUGCUGAGUGUGUUACGGGUACAUUUGCCGUCCGAUAUACCGAUCGUAGGCUGUGAAGUCACGCCUUAUGUGCUUUUACGUCGUCCUAAUAAGGAUAAAUCUGUCAUUUCUGAAGAUGUACCGGAAACUGCACCUGUUGAUGGCUAUUUCUUGAGAUAUAAGUGGUAUCGUAUACAAAGUGAUAAAAAAGUUGCCAUCUGUAGUAUCCAUCCAUCUGAGCAAGCUACGUUGCAGUGCCUUGGGUGUGUGAAGGCCAAAAUCCCUGUCGCUAAGAGUUACCAUUGCUCACCUAAAUGCUUCUCAGAUGCAUGGCAACAUCAUCGUCUUCUGCAUGAACGUGCCGCCAGUGCUGUGAAUGAAAAUGGAAAUGAUGAGGAAGAAUUAUUUGGACGAUUUAAUAGUACUGGGUCCGGCGUUAUUAAUGCAAGCUUGACUUCUUCUCAAUCAAGUGGCAGCUUGGCAAAUGGAACCACACCUUUAUAUCCUGCAGCAGUACAAAGAAAUGGCGGCGAAACCUGGUUUGAAGUUGGACGGUCAAAAACAUAUACGCCAACUGCAGAUGAUAUUGGUCAUGUGCUUAAAUUUGAAUGUGUUGUUGUAGAUGUAGAAACGAAAUCACCUGUUGGACCUGCUAGUACCAUAUUGACUUCCCGGGUGAUUCCAGCUCCAUGUCCAACUCCUCGUCGCAUGUUUUCGGUUAGCGGAGUUGAUAUUCCUGGACAUCUGGAUUUGGACGGUCGAUUAUCAUCAUCAGGAACUUUCACUGUGCUCUCCUACAAUAUUCUGUCUGAGGUAUAUGCAACAAACGAAUUAUACAGUUAUUGCCCCUCUUGGGCUCUUUCUUGGACAUAUCGUAGACAGAAUCUGUUGCGUGAAAUAGUUGGCUACCGUGCAGACAUUGUUUGUCUUCAAGAGGUUCAAAGUAAUCAUUUUGAGGAAUUCUUUGCUCCUGAGCUGGAUAAACACGGUUAUCAAGCUCUGUUUAAAAGAAAAACUGCUGAGGUAUUUAGUGGGAGUAUCAACAAUAUUGAUGGUUGUGCUACAUUUUUCCGCCGAGAUAGAUUCUCUCAUGUUAAAAAAUAUGAGGUCGAGUUUAAUAAAGCUGCACAAUCUUUGACUGAUGCUGUAGUUCCCAUUGCCCAAAAGAAGACUGCAUUAAAUCGUUUGGUUAAGGAUAAUGUUGCACUUAUAGUGGUUUUGGAAGCAAAGUUCAGUAACCAGGGGGUCGACAACCCUGGAAAGCGUCAACUAGUUUGUGUGGCCAACACACAUGUAAAUGUUCAGCAAGAAUUAAGGGAUGUCAAACUUUGGCAGGUUCACACACUUCUCAAAGGACUUGAAAAAAUCGCUGCCAGUGCCGACAUCCCAAUGCUGGUCUGUGGUGAUUUUAAUUCGGUGCCUGGAAGUGCUCCUCAUACACUUCUUGCUCUGGGGAAAGUUGAUCCAAUGCAUCCAGAUCUAGGAGUGGAUCCUCUUGGUAUUUUGCGUCCACCUACAAAGUUAACACACCAGCUGCCAUUGGUUAGUGCUUAUUCAUCCUUUGCCAGAAUGGGGGUGGGGCUUGGUCUAGAGCAGCAAAGGAGGAGGAUGGAUCCUAAUACCAAUGAGCCUUUGUUUACGAACUGCACCAGAGAUUUUAUUGGCACUCAUGAUUAUAUAUUCUACUCAGCUGAUUCAUUAACUGUUGAAUCUUUAUUGGAGCUCUUGGAUGAAGAAAGCUUGCGAAAAGACACAGCACUUCCUUCUCCAGAGUGGUCCUCUGAUCAUAUAGCGCUCUUAGCUGAGUUCCGCUGCAAGCCUAGAACCAGACGCUGACGGGUCUUGCUGCAAAGGAUGAGUUCAAAAUAGAAGCAGAAACAAUUAAAGGAUGAAAGAUAAGUUAUUGUAAGAAUAGUAGAUGAGGCGCCUUGUUCCUUUUUUUUUCUUUUUCUUUUCUUUUCUCGGUAUCCCCAUGGUGGUAUAGCUGUUGAGCUCCUUGUGUCAUGCUACAUUUGAUCUCAUAGAAAAAUUAUGAUAGUGUUUAAUCUUAUUUCCUUUCUCAAGUUUUAGUAACA